AUUAUAUGUAAAAAUAGAAAACAAAAAUGACAGUUCUAUCAAUUUUUUCCUGGAAUAAGUUCAUUCUAAGAUGGGGUUGCUAUUGCUCAACGUAUGCUCCAUUUGGUACCGGUAUUAGCUCACUAAAUACUGCAUCACUGUCUACUUAUUAUCAGCCUCUAAAACACCCUUGCAAGAAAAAAUUUUCUCACAAUGAUUGUGUUUUAGAGAAUUUUCCUAAAAGCAAUACCUCCUACUUUGGUUGCUUUGCAAAAAGUAACACAUGUGAAAAAUUUUCUGAAAAUGAAUGUUUAUCUAUACCACAUAUUUGGAAUGAUGCUGUAUAUUUGAGGCACAGCAAAUCAGCACACAAUUUGUUCAGAUCUUCAUGCUUGCUUCACGCUUAUGGCAUUCCUCCAAGAAUUCAGAUUCGUCACUUUAAAUCCCCAGCAAGCAACACUCCAGCUUCUAACAUUGAAGCCAAGUCAGUGCUGACUCCUUCCACAGCUUCUCCCACUCGUCCACAACCUAGAAGCAUUAAACGAUUACUUGAUUUAGCAGCUCCAGAGUUCUGGAGUUUAUCUGGUGGCAUAGCAUUAAUGUGUGUGUCAAGUGCUGUGACCAUGUCAGUGCCUUUCAUCAUAGGAACGCUAAUUGACACCAUCUAUUCCACUGGUGGUGCUGCCUCGAGCCUAUUUAAUGUUAUUGACACAAUCACAAGCUCUUCUGGUAGCUCUGGUGAAACUCAAGACAUCUCAAUUACCAAUAAUUUAAAUAUUUCGGAAACUGCAGCAGAUUCUACAAAAUCUUCCAGUAUGAUGGAAGGAAAUGUUAGCAAAAUGCCAGUGAGCUUGGAAAAAGUUUGUGCUGUGCUGGCUGGUGUUUUUGUGAUAGGAGGAGCAGCAAACUGUGGUCGUGUCUAUCUUAUGACCACUGCAGGUCAGCGCAUCAGCCAGAGUCUGCGUUCAAAUGUUUUUAGCUCACUUUUACGACAAGAGACAGCAUUUUUUGAUAGGUCCACUGUGAUGACCAUCACUGCCGUGUCCAUGAUGGUGAGUCAUGUUACAUCAAAUGUGGCUGAUGGUGUGAGGUCCACUGUGAUGACCAUCACCGCUGUGUCCAUGAUGGUGAGUCAUGUUACAUCAAAUGUGGCUGAUGGUGUGAGGUCCACUGUGAUGACCAUCACUGCGGUGUCCAUGAUGGUGUACACGUCUCCUGAACUCUCUCUGUUCGGCUUGUCGGUGGUGCCGCCAGUGGCUCUGCUGGCCGCCUACCACGGCAGGAAGCUCCGUGCUACGGCUACGGCCGUACAGGAGAAGCUGGCAACAUGCACACAGCACGCCGAGGAGCGCCUAAGCAACGUGCGCACAGUGCGCGUGUUUGCGCAGGAGGAGCGCGAGAUGCGUGCGCAUGACCAGCUCCUGCAGGGCGCGCUCAGCGUCAUGUACAGCGAGGCUAAGAUGCGCGCUGCCUUCUUCGGUCUGACAGGCUUGACAGGCAACAUGAUCGUCCUGUCGGUGCUGUACAAAGGAAGCUCCCUGGUGGCGUCCGGGGUGUUGUCGGUGGGCAGCCUGUCCGCAUUCCUCAUGUAUGCCGGAUACGUCGGACUAUCCGUGUCUGGUUUGACAUCGGCUUACUCAGAGCUGAGUAAAGGUGCAGGGGCGGCGGACAGACUUCUGGAACUGAUGGACAGACAACCGCUCAUGCCCUACCAGGGAGGCCUGAUCAUUUCCCCCGGGGCGCUGGAGGGCAGCGUUGAGUUCCGUGACGUGCACUUCAGCUACCCGACGCGGCCUCAGGCGCCCAUAUUCCGGGGCCUCAACCUGCUGGUGCCUGCAGGUUGGUGGUCUGUGCCUGCUGGUGCCUGCAGGUUGGUGGUCUGUGCCUGCUGGUGCCUGCAGGUUGGUGGUCUGUGCCUGCUGGUGCCUGCAGGUUGGUGGUCUGUGCCUGCUGGUGCCUGCAGGUUGGUGGACUGUGCCUGCUGGUGCCUGCAGGUUGGUGGUCUGUGCCUGCUGGUGCCUGCAGAACCUGCUCUACGUGUGCAGGAACCUGUCUUGUUCAGCACCAGCAUCAGGGAUAACCUGCUCUACGGCAGCUUGGACCCGUCGAGCGUCACAGAAGCGCAGCUGCAGGACGCAGCGCGACAAGCCAACGCACUCGAGUUUAUUAACAAAUUCCCUAAGGGCAUGGACACGGUAGUCGGGGAGCGCGGGGUGCUGCUGUCGGGGGGGCAGCGGCAGCGUCUGGCCAUCGCCAGGGCGCUCAUCAGCGGCCCUAAGAUCCUCUGUCUCGACGAGGCCACCAGUGCCCUGGACAGCGAGAGCGAACAUCUCGUGCAGGAGGCCAUUGAACGACUCAUGCAAGGACGCACUGUCCUCACCAUCGCCCACAGGCUCUCCACCAUCAGAACUGCUGACGUCAUCGCGGUGCUGCAGGACGGUCAGGUGGCAGAGCUCGGCAGCUACGCUGACCUCAUCAGCCGUCAGCACGGCGCCUUCAGGAGGCUUAUCAGCAGACAGGCUGGCGCUAACACCAGUGGCGCUGCUCAUAGAUAACAUCGUAACAUGAAAGAUAACGCAGUCACCUGAUAGAUAACAGCGUAACAUGAUAGAUAUCGCAGUCACCUGAUAGAUAACAGCGUAACAUGAAAGAUAACGCCGUCGCCUGAUAGCUAAUACAGUCACCUGAUAGAUAACGCUUUCACAUGAUAAUACUCUUACCCUAAUACGUGAUGGCUAUUAUGCAAUAUAGUUCCUAAUUUUUUUACUUUGUAUGUCAAUUUCUAUAUAAU